UCUCUUUCAAUGUUAUGAUUUUAAUCUAUGUCUGUCUCUUCCUUGUUUUAGCAGCUGUGAUUUGCUAUCUCAGAGCUAGCUUUGGUGAUCUCAGAAAACAUGGAUGAAUUGCAGGAUGUCCAGUUAACAGAGAUCAAACCUCUUCUGAAUGAUAAGAAUUCAGCUCGAAACUUCCAGGACUUUGACUGUCAGGAGCAUGACAUUGAGACAGUUUUUGGAGUUGUUCAUGUUACUCUGCGUGGGACACCAAAAGGAAACAGGCCCGUCAUCCUCACAUACCAUGAUAUUGGCCUCAACCAUAAAUCCUGCUUCAAUGCUUUCUUCAACUUUGAAGACAUGCAGGAGAUCACACAUCACUUUGCUGUGUGCCAUGUUGAUGCACCUGGACAGCAGGAAGGGGCUCCCCCUUUCCCUUCCGGAUUCCAGUAUCCCACACUUGAUGAACUAGCUGAAAUGCUCCCUGCUGUUCUUACACACUUGAGUCUCAGAAGCAUAAUUGGUAUUGGAGUUGGAGCUGGUGCUUACAUUCUUAGCCGGUUUGCAUUGAAUCACCGUGACUUGGUGGAAGGCCUUGUGCUUAUUAAUAUUGACCCAUGUGCAAAAGGAUGGAUGGACUGGGCGGCAUCCAAGUUUUCUGGGUGGACGACUAACAUUGUGGACAUUGUCCUGACUCACCUUUUUGGUCAGGAAGAACUACAAGCUAAUCUGGACCUGAUCCAGACAUACAGACUUCAUAUAGCACAGGACAUCAAUCAAGAAAAUCUUCAACUCUUCCUCUCUUCCUACAAUAGCCGUAGAGAUCUGGACAUUGAGAGACCAGUCUUGGGAAUGAAUGAAAAUACAGCAAAAACACUCAAGUGUCCUGCCUUAUUAGUGGUUGGGGAUAACUCUCCAGCAGUUGAAGCUGUGGUUGAGUGCAAUUCACGGCUGGAUCCAGCAAACACAACAUUUUUGAAGAUGGCAGACUGUGGAGGGCUUCCUCAGGUUGUUCAGCCUGGGAAAUUGACUGAAGCCUUCAAGUACUUUGUGCAAGGAAUGGGCUACAUCCCUUACGUGCAGCUCAGCCAUCUCAGCGCUGAGUCAGUGCCGUCUGCUAGUAUGACCAGGCUGAUUCGUUCCCGAACCCACUCUUCUUCGAGCGUAGGCUCUGGUGAGAGUGCCCAAACAAGGUCUCAGACCAGCAAAGCAGCAGAGGCAACAACUGGAAUGCCUGCAGCAGCUGACAUUCGUGACUCUCCUCAGACUAUGGAAGUAUCCUGCUAAACAAGCACUCUUCUUGUGUAUUCAGACAACCCCUUUCCUUUAUUCUGAACCUACCCAGAAUCAGUGUUCACCCAGAAAAGUGGCAUUAACAGUUUUUUUUCUAACUUGUGCCUGCCCAUCCUAGCUGUCAUCUUCUCACCUGUCUGCUGGGCAUUGCUUUGGGUUCUUUUUUAAAAAAUAAACAAAACAAAACACAAAACUGGCUACAGAAACAUUAACUGCUAACAUUCCAUUGGUGCUAGAGAAGAGAAUCGCUGUAUGCUGAUGCCAUCCUUUCCCCUUGCUUUUUGUGCUGUUCAACCAGAUGAAAGUGUUGAGCCUUGCCAUCUCCCCUCCCCAAUUUAAUUUAAGUAACCAUUUCUGUAGCUUGUGCAGUUAAAAUUGCUUUCUAGUUGUGUUUCUGCCUGAAGGGUAUUAGGGCUCUUAGCUGCAGUCUUUAGUGUUUUUGAGGUGGGAAUAAAGGGAGGUGUUUUGUUUUGUUUUUAAAUUCAGGGGUGGAAUUUCAAUCCUAUACUGUUAAACUCAGAAUGCACCCUAACAUAUUGCAUAGUUAGCAGGCUUACAGGCGAGUUUAGGUCUUAGAACUGAAUGGAAGAAACCAAAAGGUUUCCUAUCUGGAAGCUAUCUCCGACUAAGGCCUGUGGGGCCAUGGUGUUUUUAAAAAGGGCAAGGCUUCUGAUAAGUCUAAUUCUCACUAACUGCUGCAUUAUUCAUUAGAAUAUAAGGAUUUAUACACUACAGUAGUCUGAACUGCAGUACAGGGGCUGUAGGGAUGAGGUUUUUAAUUAGGUUGGUUUUUACAACUUCAAAGGGAACCACUGCUUUCUAUACUAGGAUAAGCUUAAGAUCAAGUUUAAAGCAGUAAUCUUCUGUUGCAACAACUGUAUUGCUUAAAUUGCUGUAAUUACAUACAGGUGUUAAUCAGUCUGAAGCUAAAGCUGAAGAUGCAGAAAUAUUUAUUCCAUUAGUGCAAAAAGAAUGUUUGGGAUGCCCUAGACAGCUUAUGCCACAGUAAAUCUGUUCCUGUUUAGGGAACAACACCGCUCCUGUUGUCUACGUAGAUUGAAUAACAUAUAUAUUCCAUUGUCAACAUAAAUACAUCUGAUGAAAUCACAUAAUAUAAAUUCUGUUCCUGAAGCAUAGAUGGAGACAUCCAGUCUAGAUCCAAAUAGACAUGCCACAUCCAGUAAUUGUUGAAACUAUUUUUUUCAGUUUUAGAUAGAUCAGAAAUUUGAAAAUACUUGUAACUAGCUUGGUGCACAAAUACAUUACAUUUAGCAUGCUUAUCAGUGAAGAUUUCUGUAGCUCUGUGGGUUCCCCCCCCGCAUUUUUCUGAUAAUUUCCCAUCCUAGAAGAAUACGAGCUCUUUUUAGCGAUCCAUGGUGGUUCUCUAGUAGAAGGAUAAUGAUGAUCUCAAAUGUUCAAAUACCUGUCUAGCUGAGACAUCUUGUUCAUAUUUGCAGGAAAAAAUUAACCAGUUUUUCACCUGCUCAGCUUUAUUUUAGGGUUACAACCUACAUGUAGCUUUGAGUAAACUUUGGCCACUUUUUAGCCUUUCCCUGAGCAGAUGUUUCGCUGCAAAAGCUUUUUAAAAUUGGGUCUGUCACUUGUUCUUGCAUUGUAAAACCAGCUUGUAUAAAGAAUGGCAAAGGGAAUGCAUCGAUGUACUGUAUGCUGUAAUAUCCUGUUCUGUUUGAGGCCUACUUUUAUAUUUUCAUAGGCUGAUAUAAAACUUUGUCUGACAAAUAUGGUGUUCCUUCAGGACUGUUUGCCUUUGGCAGCUAGGCAGUUUCCAAAAUGUUUUUUUGGAAUUCAAAAUAAGUUGCUUUUUUGUUGUUCUGGCUGGACCGCAGAAGACAAAAAGAGUGUGAUGUAGCAGGAGACAAGAGAGAACUGCUGAUUGAAUGGGGAAAUGCAGGUGAUAUUUUUGGAAGUCAUGGCAGAAUGUACUUUUCCCUACUGCACCCUACUGGCUCAUUGGGGCCAAUGCUUUGUGGACGAAAUUAUAUUUGGCUGUGUUUCAGGCAGGAGAUAGGACUUCGGACAUUCUGCCUCAAAGUGAAUUUGUAUAAUUUAAAUAAAGCUAAAUCAAAUCUCA